ACUGCCUUGUAAUUGCCACACAGAGACACUGCCCUCACUCUGUUGUCGCUGCCCUCUCUUCGUUUCAUUGUAUCCGCAGAUCUCGAUCUCCUUGGACGGACGGGUGCCGAUAGGCUCGAUCGAUGGGUCUGAUGACGGAGAACGGAUCCACGGCAGCCGGGCAAGAGGCUUCCAGCCUCAAAUUCCUCAUCUACGGCCGCACCGGCUGGAUCGGCGGCCUGCUGGGCCGCCUCUGCUCCGAGCGCGGCAUCCCAUUCGCCUAUGGCGCUGGUCGCCUCGAGAACCGCGCUCAGCUCGAGGCCGACAUCGCCUCGGCUGCCCCCACCCACGUCUUCAACGCUGCCGGCGUCACCGGCCGCCCCAACGUCGACUGGUGCGAGACCCACCGCGUGGAGACCAUCCGGGCCAAUGUCGUCGGCACCCUCACCCUCGCCGACGUCUGCCGCGAGCGCGGACUCAUCCUUGUCAACUAUGCCACCGGGUGCAUCUUCGAGUACGACGGCGGCCACCCGCUUGGCUCCGGCAUAGGGUUCAAGGAGGAGGACACGCCAAACUUCGUCGGGUCCUUCUAUUCCAAGACCAAGGCCAUGGUUGAAGAGCUGCUGACGAACUAUGAGAAUGUUUGCACCCUCCGUGUUAGGAUGCCCAUCUCAUCAGAUCUAACGAACCCUCGCAACUUCAUCACUAAGAUCACCCGCUAUGAGAAGGUCGUUAACAUACCCAACUCCAUGACCAUCUUGGAUGAACUUUUGCCUAUAUCAAUUGAAAUGGCAAAGAGGAACCUCACUGGAAUAUGGAACUUCACCAAUCCUGGCGCCGUCAGCCAUAAUGAGAUCUUGGAGAUGUAUCGAGACUACAUUGAUCCAAAUUUUACAUGGAAGAAUUUCACACUCGAGGAGCAAGCACAGGUGAUAGUUGCCCCUAGGAGCAACAAUGAACUGGAUACUGCCAAGUUGAAGAAGGAAUUUCCAGAGCUUCUGCCGAUCAAGGAGUCGCUGAUCAAGCAUGUCUUCGAGCCAAAUCAGAAGACAUCCACGACCUAACAAGUUGGCCUCUGGGUUUUCUUUCUUCUUGCUUCAAUAAGGUAGUUUUCUUCGAAUUGUUCAGUCAUGUAUUCAUCGAUGAUAAGUGUGCAACUGAUAUCUAAUUAUGGUUCUGGUAGCCCUUGUUAUGAUCAGACUGGGAAUGAAGAAGAAAAGUGUAGUGCAGAACUGUCCUGUUGCUGUUUAUGUAUCGUAGAAACCGGCAGGGGCUUUGAAAGCUAUGGGCUUGUUGAUGA